UCUGCAGGUACAACUAUGUGUGCCUGCGUAUAGAUUUGUGAGACUGUGGGUGUGACAUAGUGUGUGUGUGUGUGUGUGUGUGUAAUUAUGUUUGACCACUUGCCUCGGGAGAUAUAACUGAAUGUGUGUGACAGUAGGUGUGCCCAUGGCCAUCUGUCUCGGCGGGCAUAAUUUUGUAUGAGUAAUUGUGAUCGAAUGUGUGACCUUGUGUGAUAUGUAACUGUGUGAUUGUGUGCCAGUCUCUCUGUUGGAGUAAUUGUGCAUCAUCAUCUCUAACUUUGUGUCAAUGUGCCUGUGAAUGUGUAUGACAUUACGAGUGUGAUUGUGCGACCAUGUAGAUGUGUGUGAUUGGGUGAGCAUUUGUGUGACUGAGUCACAGGAACCUUAAAAUUACUUGCCCAAAUUCACACGGUUAAUAAGUGACAAAACUGGAAUUGGAGCCCACGCAGUUUGGCUCUAGGGUCCUUGCUUUUUAAUUACUAAAGUAAAAACUGGGUGCCCUGGGUUCUGAGGGUGUUGGAGAGGAUUGUCAGUGGGCUUGGACUAGGAACCUUUAGGACAUAGGAACUAAAUCUGGGUCUCUUCCCUCAGUCCCUUUGUGAAUCCCAGGACCAAGUCUGAAGACAUUGUAUGUAGUGAAGCCCUCUUCAAACUGGCUGCCUCUGGGGUAGGAAAGCCCAACCUGAAAGCUCCUUAGGUGAUGGAAUUGGAGAUUUUAGCAUUUUCCUUGUCAAACUCUUUCAUGUUUGGUGCUGAGAGAGGUUGACCGUGCCUCUUUUUCUGAUGUACUAAGUGAGCUAAAUUUUUGGUUCUCACUUUCUCAGUUAAUAAAGAAAAAUAUUCUCAUUUCCUUUCCAAAUGUGUAUGUAGAAUCUCAGUGGAAACAAGGAUGGCACUUCUCUAUGCCAGAGUUGGCUCAUGCAAUCUUGACAGUAAGGAAAAAAAGGGUUCUGAGAGGUGGAUUAACUUGCCCAAGGUCAUGUAGAAAAUGAGUAAAGGAGUAGAGAGUCUGCAAGCAGGUUGGGGGCUAUUUAAUGCCCAAGUCUUUAACAGGACUUUUUUCCAAAUGGUUCAUCUCAAAGUUGGAAAACAUUACCCAAGGGAUACACAGCUCCUUGCAAACAAAAAUUUAAAAUACAUUUCUUUUAUGCAGAUACUACUUAGGGCUCUCAGAUGCUGAGACUUUGAGUUUCCUCCCAGGUUACAAAGACUUUUAUGGACUAUUUCAAGGUGCAUUGCACUAAGGAAAUAACUUUGUUAGAGACUGAGUUGGCUAGUGCAGAGUAGCCCAGAAUUAGGGGGUCAUGUAUCCUAAAUCCUAGGUCAAACGCAACUAUUCUCGUUUUCAGAAUGAAGAAAUGUUGGCUCAGGGAAUACAAGGAACGUAUUUGAGGCUGUAGAGUUUGUUAUUGCUUUAGCGUUAAAAUUUGGCAAUGAUUACCUCAGGCUGCAUUUCUGUAGAAUAAUAAUGGUAACAUCUGCCAUCUCUAAAGAUGCUUCUCUAAGAAAUAUAUGCCAUUGAUUUCUGAGUUUAUGUUGAAUAUUUCCCAUUCAGACAUUUUGGUCUCUUGAAAGAGAACCAGUGUUUGAGGCACACUAUAGUCUGACUCUUAUGACUUCAAGUUAGUUGAGUAAGCUUUUCGAACCUCAGUUUCACUUGUUGGUAAGAUGGGGAUAAAAACACCUACCUUUGCAGUUUUGUAAAAAUUAAAUAAGAUAAUGGCAUAUACAACAUGUGUAGCAUCACUAAAUUACAGGAGGCAUAGUAAGACUUAUUUAUUCACUUAUCAAAUAUCUUUUGAGAGCUUAACAAUGGUUUUAGCAUUAUUGUAACACUAGAGAUACACCGGUGAACCCAACAUAAAUGCUAAGAAGGGAAAUAAAUCAAGAUAAGGAAGAAGAGACUGGAAGGGAGGUUCUCUUAAGAUAGAAUUUUUAGGGAAGUCCCUUUGAUAUGGUGACAGCUGAACAAAGAUAGGAAUAAAGAAAGGGAGGGUCUGCCAUUUUUUUCUCCCUUAACUCUGCUUUCUCAGGACUUGGUUCUCCAAAAGAGAGAAUUGAAGAAGGAAGGAAGAAUGGCUGUUGGACUUUGUAAAUCCGUGUCCCAGGGGUUGGUAACCUUUAGGGAUGUGGCUCUAGAAUUUUCCCAAGAAGAGUGGGAAUGGCUGGACCCAUCUCAGAAGGAUUUAUACAGAGAUGUCAUGUUGGAGAACUACAGCAAUUUGGUAUGGCUUGGACUGUCCGUUUCCAAGCCCAACAUGAUCUCCUUAUUGGAACAACGGAAGGAUCCUUGGGUAGUGGAGAGAGAGAUGUCAGAUGGUCAAUAUACAGACUGGGAGUCUUGGUAUGAAAUUAAGGAAUUAUCUCCAAAACAGUACAUUGAUGAUGAAGAGGAAAUAUCCCAGAGCAUAGUGAUGGAAAGACUUACAAGUCAUGACUGUGAAUCCUCCGGUUUCAGGAAAGCUUGGAAAUAUGAGUGUGAAUUUGAGCAGCAGGAUGGAAAUCAGGAGAGACAUUUCAGGCAAGUGGCAAGUCUUAAGGAAAUCUAUGCUGUGAAAAGAGAUAAUGAAUAUAAUUCUGAGAGAAGCAUUCUCUUGAAGUCAGUGCUUUUAACACAACAGAGAGUUCCCACAGUACAGUCAGUACAUAAAUUUGAUAUUUAUGAUAAAAUGUUCCCUCCAAAUUCAGUCCCAGUUGAGCAUAAAAGACAACAUGCUGAGAAGGAAUCUUUGAUAGAUAAUGUAUGUGAAGAAUUCAACCAGGGUACAUACCUUAGUAAAGAUAGAGGAAUUCCUUCUGGGGAGAAGCCUUAUGAAAGUAAUGAUUUUUCAAAUUUCUUAAGUUUCCACUCAUUACUUACUCAACAUCAAACAACUCAUUUUGGAAAGCUACCCAAUGAAUGUGGUGAUACCUUUAGCUGUUAUUCAUUCUUUACUCAACCUCAGGGAAUUAGCAGUGGAGAGAAACCAUAUGCAUGCAAUGACUGCGGAAAAGCCUUUAGCCAUGACUUCUUUCUCAGUGAACAUCAAAGAACUCAUAUUGGAGAGAAAACAUAUGAAUGUAAGGAAUGUAACAAAGCCUUUAGACAGAGUGCACACCUCGCUCAACAUCAAAGAAUCCACACUGGAGAAAAACCCUUUGCAUGCAAUGAGUGUGGAAAGGCCUUUAGCCGUUAUGCCUUCCUUGUUGAACAUCAGAGAAUUCACACAGGAGAGAAACCAUAUGAAUGUAAGGAAUGUAACAAAGCCUUCAGACAGAGUGCACACCUUAAUCAACAUCAGAGAAUUCACACUGGAGAAAAACCCUAUGAAUGUAAUCAAUGUGGAAAAGCCUUCAGCAGACGCAUAGCCCUUACUCUCCAUCAAAGAAUUCAUACAGGAGAGAAACCCUUUAAAUGUAAUGAAUGUGGGAAGACCUUUGGCUAUCGCUCACACCUUAAUCAACAUCAGAGAAUUCAUACUGGAGAAAAGCCCUAUGAGUGCAUCAAAUGUGGGAAGUUUUUCCGCACUGAUUCACAACUUAAUCGACAUCAUAGAAUUCAUACUGGAGAGAGACCUUUUGAAUGCAGUAAAUGUGGAAAAGCCUUUAGUGAUGCUUUAGUUCUAAUUCAUCAUAAGAGAAGUCAUGCAGGAGAGAAACCCUAUGAAUGUAACAAAUGUGGGAAGGCCUUCAGUUGUGGCUCAUACCUUAAUCAACAUCAGAGAAUUCAUACUGGGGAGAAACCGUAUGAAUGUAAUGAAUGUGGGAAGGCUUUCCAUCAGAUCUUGUCCCUUAGGCUACACCAAAGGAUUCAUGUUGGAGAAAAACCCUAUAAUUGUAAUGAAUGUGGGAAUAAUUUUAGCUGUGCCUCAGCCCUUAGACGACAUCAGAAAAUUCAUAAUAGAGAAACUCUCUGAUUAUAACAAGUAUAAGAAAGAAAACGUUUAGUCACCACUCAGUCCUUAUUAAAUAAAUAUCAGUAACUUAUUUGGUUAGUAAUGUAGUAUAUAUGGAAAAGCCUUCAGCUCAUGAGCAUCCCUUAUUUGAAACAGCCUGAGUAGUAAACAUCUGUUGCUUUGUGAUCUGUUCUGUGCCAUCUUUGAGACUUACCUCACCCUCAAUUCAUGUCAUUCUGGUGAAACUGUUAAUAAGGGAGAACAGUGAAUUGGUCAUAGGCCGGCCAGUUAUUACUUCCCUCAACCUAGUGAUUAAUAAGGGAUUGACAAAUGGCUCAGUCUGGACUAAUAGAGCUAUAGGGGGUUAUUAUUAUGGGUAGUAAAAGGAAACUUUUUUCUGGAAUUGCAAGUUUCAAGGAUUUAGUGAGGUUAAAAACUCAUCAACAGUUUUCUUUGCCAAGAUAACACAGGAAAAUGGAGGUGAGAGACUGAAAUCUGAUGACAUUGUUUGAUCUCUUGGAUCCAGUCAUGUCUGAAGUCUAUAACCAUCCUUCACUUUUUCACUUUUGUGAUCCAAUAAAUUUCUUUCCCUUUU